UGUAUAUGAUAUUGGUCAGAAGGAAUGAACCCGAGCCAAAGCUCUCUCUCUCUACAUUUCUCCAUGGAUGACCUUCCUCCAUCUCUAAUUAUCGAAAUCCUGAGUCGACUCAAUGAUUCAGCCGACCUCGCUCGCUGCAGACUCGCUUCCAAAACCCUAAACGCCCUCUCUCGCGAGGUCCGAUUCGUCAACCUUCAAUGCUCCUUCGAACGCUACAGGAAAUCGAGGUCACCGGCGACCAAAUCUGUCAUCACACCUUUCAAGACAAUCUUCAAGAACUUGAUUUCCAGUUCUAGAAUCGUUGAGUCCGUUUCGGUCGGUGUUGAUAAGCCACUUCGAGGGAUUUCGUACGACGACGUAGAGGAUGAGUCGGACGAUCUGUAUCUCACCGACGUGAAUUUCGUGUCCCUGUGGCUGCCGAGAUUGUCUGGGCAAUUGAAGUCGAUUUCGAUUUCGGAUUUUUGGAUUCAGUCUUGCUGGAGACGAUCAGAGGUCCUGUCGCUCAUUUCUUUAUGCUGCCAUAGUCUCAUUGCACUAGAGUUGAAGAAUGCUUGGCUCUCGGUGGACGACUUGAAUCAAAUGCCUAUGCUUACAAGUUUGACACUCGAAUACAUACGACUGGAUGAUGAGGAUCUAAGCAAGGUGAAUGAUUGUUUCCCUUCUCUGCAAGUUCUCAAUUUAAUAGGUGUUGGAGGACUCAAGGAACCUAAGAUUCAUCUUUUGCACCUCAAAACCUGUCAAUGGACUGUGUCAAAUGCUCCGCUUUCUCUGACCAUAGUUGCACCCAACCUUGUCAAACUCAAACUUGAAUGCGUGAAGCCAGGGUCACUUAUCAUCAGAACCCCAUUGUUAUCUGAUUUCCAUCUCUCUCUUGCAAAAGCAAGCAACUUUGAAAUAAAAGAGUGUAAUAAUUUGAAAUCCCUUCAGCUUGAGUCUAAAGAUCUUUGCAGCCUAGUUGGAAUGUUUUCAUGUGGUAAAGCUAUUAAGAUUCUAACUUUGGACUCUCCAAACUGGGCUGAAUCGCUGGAAAUGACAAAGUUCAGCCUUGAGUCAGUAUUUCAUGUUUUUCCAAAUUUGAGCUCCCUAACAUUAGGCCCUGGUGCUUGGUCAAAAGGAGAGACUUGUUUUCUUGCGGGAGGUUCUGAAAUUGGGAGUGCAAUGAAGGGAUUAAAAACAAUUAUUGCACGUGUAGUUGUACAUGAUAUUGAGAUGACACUGUCGUUUAUUUUAUAUUUAUUGGAGAAAUGCACCAACUUGGCGGAUAUGGCAUUGCUCAUCCACCAUGAAGUUGAAAUUAAUAUAUCAAGAGAUCUCAUCUUGAGUUGUAUGGCUAAUUGUCCAAGAGUAAGAUGGAGAUGGGGAACAUGGAAAGAAGGGAUGAAAGAUGCUUGGAUUUGUGAUGGCAUUUAAUCUGGCAAUCCAGUUGUCCGGAGUAUAAAGUCAAUCUGUGGCUUGCUUGCAGUAGUUUUGUGUCUUCUGACCAGCUUUGGCUUCUCGGUGUAUGGUUCUCACCAGUUUCCGUUCAUACGCCUAUACCCUGGAUGAUCGUGGUCAAGUUUGCUUUUUCGACCAGCUACCAAAAUCAGUUUAUGGUUUGGCUCCAGCAACCUAACACCUGUCUUCCAGAAUGAAAUUAGAAAGCAUCAAAAUGGUUAAUGAAUGUGGUUGUGUGUGUGUGUGUGUGUGUGUGUAUAUAUUCAUAAGUGGAAUGUGGUUGUAUAUUUGUAUUAUAUGUAGUAUAUUCAUAAUUUUCUUUUAUUGAGGUGUACAUAUAAAUAAUACUGUCAUGAAUGGAAUGAUAUUUUCUUCUA